AUGCUAAGCAUGACCAACCACAGUGACGGCGGCCCCCGCGUGGUCCGUCUACCGCCUUACAAGUACGUGCACGUGCUGGACACCAACUCCAACGUGUCACGCGUGCUAGCAGGCCCGCUGACGUACACUCGCCAGGAGCACGAGCACGUCAUGACGCCUCCUCAGAACAUGAUCGUGCUGCCAGCGCAGCAUUACGUUGAAGUGCAUAACCCGGUCGUACGUUCGGAAGACGGCAAGAUCGUCCGUGAUGCAUUCGAUCAGGCCAAGCUUAAGCACGGCGAGAUCGAGUUUCGCAUCUUCGAUAAGUACCCCGAACCUUUCCCCCUGUAUCCGGGUGAAGAGCAGGUUGGCGAGAUCCGUGAGCUGCGUGUCGUGCCUGUAGACACGGCACUACGCAUCCGAGCGACACGCAAAACCGACAAACACGUGGCUGGGGACGAAUGGCUCUUCGUUGGGCCGGCAACGUAUUACCCACGCGUGGAGGAGGAGAUCGUGACUGUUGUGCACGCCAUUGUGGUCAAGAAGAACCAAGCCAUCAAGUUUCGAGCGGAGAAGAAGUGCACAGACUCGCAAGACAUCGAACGAGAUGCAGGAGAGGAGUGGCUAGUCCGCACACCGGGUGCGUAUCUCCCUCAGAUCGAUGAGGUGCACGUCGAGACUCUGCAAGCGCAUGUGUUGACACAAGACAUGGCGCUGCAUUUGCGCGCGUUGCGUACGUUCAAGGACGUGUAUGGCAUCUCGCGUCGUGCGGGCGAAGAGUGGCUUAUCACGACAGAGACCACCGAAACGCACGUCCAAGACGUUCAUGAAGAGAUCAUCGGCUAUGUGAACGCCACAAUUCUCACCAAUCGCCAGUACUGCAUCGUCGUAGACCCAGUGGUGAACGGAGUGCAACAUCGUGGCACACGUGAGCUGCGGAAGGGCGAAGCUUCCUUCUUCUUGCAACCUCACGAGCAGCUGGAAAAUGGUCGCGUCGAAGAUAUCAUCGUAUUAGCCGACGACGAGGCAGUUUUACUGCAAGCUGUUGAGUCGUUUGUGGAGCAUUCGGACCAAGAAGAAGGCGAACCGGAAGGAGAAGACAGUGGAUCGUCCACUAAGAAGAAACGUAGCGGUGCUCGACGCGAGGCUGGAGAGCGUUGGAUGGUGCAUGGGCCUCGGGAAUACAUCCCACCGAUCCAAGUCACAGUAUUGGAGACCCGCCGUGCUAUUCCACUUGACGUCAAUGAAGGAGUGUAUGUACGCGAACGUAAAACUGGUCAUGUCCGAGCUGUGAAAGGCGAGACGUACAUGCUGCAAGCCACAGAGGAACUGUGGAGCAAAUACUUGUCGCCAGCUGUGGAAGAGCUGCUGUCGUCUCAAGUUGGAGGCUCUGCGUACGUCGUUGACCCGACUCAGUCGAAUAAACUGACUGCGAGUCUAGGUAAACCAUGGGAUACCUCCAAGGGCGCUCCACGUAAGCGUGAUCCUACUCGCGUAGUGACAUUCGAGGUGCCACACAAUGCUGGUAUCCAAGUGUACGACUACAAGACCACGUCGUCGCGUAUUUUAUUCGGUCCGACACUUGUAAUGCUCGAGCCGGAUGAGCAAUUCACAGUGCUUCGACUAUCAGGUGGAGUUCCGAAGGAGCCAAACGUGAUCCGAACGUUGUGUCUGCAGCUCGGGCCCGACUUCAUGCGAGACCAGAUCAUUGUCGAGACGUCAGACCACGCUCGACUAUCGCUGACUAUUGCCUACAAUUGGCGAUUCCGAGUCGAUUCAUCCAAACCUGCUGAUGCUGCCAAGGUAUUUAACGUCAAGGAUUUCACUGGAGACGCCUGUAAGACGCUGGCCUCACGAAUCCGUGGAGCUGUGGCAGUCCAGAACUUCGAUCAUUUCCAUAAACACAGCGCACAGAUCAUCCGAACAUCCAUUUUCGGCUUGGAUGAGAACAAUAAACUACGCGACGAGUUGAUCUUCCCCGCGAACAAUCUUUGCAUUACCAACGUCGAUAUCCAGUCGGCCGAGCCAGUUGAUCAACUCACGCGUGAAAGUCUCCAGAAGUCUGUGCAGUUGGCUAUCGAGAUCACGACCAAAUCACAGGAAGCGCGUGCCAAAGCCAUCGCUAUGAAGGAGGAGGAAGCUGCCAAGGGGGAGCUGCUAACGCAACAGCUCGAGAACCAGUCGAGUGCCGAGCAAGCGCGCAAGAAUCUUGUGCAACUCACAGCUGAGUGUAAAGCUGUAGAAGAAGAAGCCGCCGCUGUGAGUCGUGCACGCGCUCAAGCUCAAGCAGCGGAGAUUGAGGGCCAGGCUGCCGUCAGGCAAGCGGAGCUGCGAGCCAAAGCCGAGCGCAUCGAACACGAGGCGCACGUGGCUCGCAUCAAGGAGGACCAGACGCUGAACGUAGCGCACGCUGAACGACUCGCUGAGGUGGAAGUCCGCAAGAAGCGCGAGCUCAUGGCCAUUGAGGCGGAGAAGUUCCAGCAAAUGGUGAGCAGCGUGGGGCAGGAGACUCUCGUGGCGCUGGCGCGUGCAGGCCCCGACGGACAAGUGAAGAUGCUGGAGGCGCUUGGGCUCAGUGGCUACCUUAUCACGGACGGCAAGUCGCCUGUAAACCUGCUGGGCACGGCUGAAGGAAUCAUUCGAGGCAUCGCGCAGUCGGAGCAGUGA